AUGACAGUUGAAGAACAAGUCAUUGAUAAAAUGAUUUUUGAUUAUACUAAAAAGAUAGAAGACACAUACAACCAGUUUAACUCUGAUUUUGAUAAUGCAAUAGAACAAUUAAAAGAACAAAUAGAAAUUACAAAAAAACAUUUAAAUGAAGCUGUUGAUAGGUGUUGUUCACAAGGACUACCACCAGUUAUUCCAGAACAAAUUUUUGAAAUGAUGGACUUAGAAUUACAGCAAUAUUGUGAUGAAUGUGAUAGAGUCAUUGGUCAAGAAAUAACAAAACUACAGAAAUAUAGUAUUGUAAAAGCAGAUGAUUUUAUUACAGUUAAACAACCUAACUUACAGAUAGAUGAUCAUGGUCUUUCAACUGAAUUAUUUGAAACUGCUAUCUCUCAAACAGAGAGAUUAUGCUCUCUUUUAGGAGUAAAUAUCACAGAAAAUACGUGUUAA